AUGAGAUGCGUGGCUUGCGUGUUCCGAUUCAUUUCGAACUGCCGCAGAAAGGAGAAGAUGCUGCCAAUCAAAACUAUUAAAGUCACACCCGAGUUGGAGAAGUUGCUGAAAACUUCAUUGUUGGCAAUGAAGAUCCCCCUGAAGUGCGAAGAACAUCGACAAGCGGAGAACUACAUGUGGAAAACUGUGCAGCAAGAAGGAUUUUCGGAUGAAGUCAAGACGUUGCUGAAGAAUCGUGAGCUGCCGCAGGCUAAGUGGCACAACAUUGCACAAUCGAGUUCACUAAACAAAUUGUCCCCUUUUCUUGAUGAAUUCGGGGUAAUUCGAAUGGAAGGGCGGUCGGCCCAUGCAUAUUCCAUCGCCUUCGAGCAGCAGUUCCCCAUUGUGCUUCCAAAGGGCCACGACGUCACCUCCAAACUUCUUUUUCACUACCAUAGAAAGUUCGGCCACGGAAACCGUGAGACAGUGGUGAACGAACCUAGGCAACGUUUCUACGUCCAGAACAUUCGAGCGGCAGUGCUGCAGGCGAUGAAGAGCUGUGCGUGGUGCAAAAUCAACAAGUGCCAACCAGCAGUUCCCAGGAUGGCACCUUUGCCUGUACAACGCCACACUCCACAGCUAUGUCCGUUUAGCUAUGUAGGGAUCGUCACGGUUGGACGACGAUCGGAGAAGAGAUUGAUUUGCCUGUUCACCUGCCUAGCGGCCCGGGCAAUCCACAUGGAAGUCGCUCAUAGCCUAAGCGACAACGGCACGAAUUUCCAAGCGGCCAGCAAGGAGCUGGAACAAGAGGUGCGUCGUAUCGAUCUGGAGUGUGCAAACGUUUUCACCGUUGCCAGGACCCAGUGGACCUUCAAUCCACCUGCAGCGCUGCAAAUGGGUGGCAUUUGGGAGGGAUUAGAAUCAACAGUUAUCGAAGCCCUCACGCCGAAUCACUUCCUCCGCGGUUUACCUGCUGGAGGGCGUGAAGAGGCUCACGUACCGACAAAUUCGGCCGAAGCGUUGCGGGACAACUACAAGCGGUCCCAGGAGCAGGCGGAUAUGCUGUGGCAGGGGUGGCUGAAGGAGUACAUACCUACCAUCAAUCAUCGUACCAAGUGGCACGGAAAGCAGACACCAAUCCAAGAAGGAGAACUGGUGUAUGUAGUCGAUGGGAACAACCGUAGAACCUGGAUCGGAGGAGUUGGGGAAAAGGUUAUUCAAGGCGUUGAUGGAAGAGCACGACGAGCACUGGAUCGUGCUUGCGGAAGCGACGAUGACAUUGAUGCCCAGAAGCAGCGGCUUGUCGAGAUGUGCGAAGCCCGCAUUAAGGAGCUAGUUAAACAGCAACAGGCAGACGAACAGCAGAAUCGCAUGUCUAACAAUGAUCGCGUUGAGGCUUUGCUGCAGAAAUUGUCCGAGUCGUACAGUAGGUACUAUGAUCUGAUUCCAGGCUACUGUGAAAGUCACCAGUCGAUUAACGUUGUCAAAUUGGCGAAAGGUCACUUUGGAUUCAAGCUGCUGCACGGGUAA